GACUGAUAUAGUGAGAGCAGCCUGCUGGAGGAACGAGUGGAUGUAUGUUUGACUUUCAUCUCUUCUUCUGCAGAACUCGCGAAAGGAAUCACGUUUUUGAAUGGCUGGAUUUUGUGGAUAAUGCUGCAUAUAUGUGUUUUUUGACCAUGUCGUAUUAACUUCAUAGGAGUCAUGCAUAACUAUUUCGGAGGUUGUUUCGUGAUAGUGUUCUUCAUUUUGACGUUUUGGACUGAGGUUUGCCACUCGUCGGGUUAUUUGGAGUUCCAGUUGAUCAACGUGGAGAAUGACAGGGGUGAGCUCGCGAAUGGCAACUGCUGCGACGACACGCAGAGCGCACGAGACGGUCUGUGCGACCGGGACGAAUGUGACACUUACUUCAGAGUGUGUCUAAAGGAAUACCAAGUGGAGGUCAGCACGUCUGGCUUAUGUACAUACGGAACUGCGAGCUCGAGCGUGCUUGGAGGGAAUACGUUUCAGUUCAAAGGAAUCAAUGGAAACUCAAACAAGGCCAAUGACCUGGGGACCGUUAUCAUACCCUUUCAGUUCGCCUGGCCGCGUGGCUACACUUUGAUCGUGGAGGCUUGGGAUUGGGACAACCAAACAUUUACUGACAACAAUGAUGAACUGUUGAUUGAGCGAAGUAUAUCCCGUGGGGAAAUGAAUCCCGGAGAGGAACGACAGCUCAUUCAGCACAAGGGUCGAACCGCCAGCUUCCAGUACAGCGUACGUGUGCGCUGCGACCGACAUUACUACGGCAACAAGUGCAACAAACAGUGUCGCCCCCGUGAUGAUUACUUUGGCCAUUACCAAUGUGAUCAAUUCGGCAAUCAACAGUGCAUGGAGGGCUGGAUCGGGCCAGACUGCAAGAAAGCUUUGUGUAAACAAGGCUGCAGUGAGCACGGAAGCUGUGACAGACCAGGAGAAUGUGUGUGUAAAUAUGGCUGGCAGGGUCCGCUGUGCGAUGAGUGUUUGCCGUACCCGGGUUGUGUGCACGGGACCUGCGUGAAGCCCUGGACGUGCACCUGUGAGAAGAACUGGGGGGGACUUCUAUGUGACAAAGAUUUGAAUUACUGUGGCACGCACAAGCCCUGUGUGAACGGAGGCACGUGUUUGAAUACAGAGCCGGAUGAGUAUUUCUGCACCUGCCCUGAGGGCUACUCUGGGAAAAACUGCCAAAUCGCCGAGCAUGCCUGCAUGUCAAACCCAUGUGCAAAUGGCGGGGCCUGUCAUGAAUUGGCAUCAGGGUUUGAGUGCCAGUGUCCCCCAGGCUGGGAUGGGCCCACCUGUGCUAAAGACAAAGACGAGUGCGCCUCCAACCCGUGCGCUCAGGGGGGGACUUGCUUUGAUCUUGAGAAUGGCUUUGACUGUUUAUGCCUCCCGCAAUGGACUGGCAAAACCUGUCAGAUAGAUGUGAAUGAGUGUACGAGAAGACCUUGUGUAAAUGCUUAUGCUUGCAAAAAUCUUAUUGGUGGAUAUCAUUGCAACUGCUACCCGGGCUGGGCGGGACUCAACUGUAAUAUCAAUGUCAACAGCUGUUAUGGUCAGUGUCAGAAUGGAGGAACCUGUCAGGAUGAUCGUCAUAGUUACACAUGCCUUUGCCAGCCUGGCUUCACAGGAAGACACUGUGAAGUUCAGCAGAAUGGGUGUGCCAGCGGCCCGUGUCAAAAUGGCGGAGGGUGUCGUUCUCUAUCCAUUGGUUAUGAGUGUGAAUGUCUAUACGGAUACACAGGAAAUAACUGUGAGGAGCCGUUGGAUCUGUGCCAUCCAAACCCGUGUCAGAAUAAAGCUCAGUGUCAGUCUCUGAAGGGAGAUUUUCACUGCGUCUGCGCAGACGAAUAUGAGGGAAAAACAUGCGGUCAGCUACGAGACCACUGCAAGACCAGCACUUGUGAAGUGAUCGACAGCUGUACUAUUGCCGUGACAUCAAACGACACAGUGAAAGCGGUACGGCACAUCUCAUUCAAUGUUUGUGGUCCUCACGGCCGCUGCAUUAGCCAAUCAGAGGACAACUUCACCUGUGCCUGCCAGCCCGGGUUUACAGGGACGUACUGUCAUGAGAACAUAAAUGAUUGUUCAUCAUCUCCCUGUCACAAUGGAGGAACGUGCAUCGAUGACAUCAACUCUUUCCACUGUGUCUGUCCUGAUGGCUUUGAAGGGCCACUCUGUGACCUGGAGGUGGAUGAGUGUAGCUAUAAUCCUUGUCUAAAUGGAGGUCAAUGUAUUGAUCUGCUGAAUGAUUUCUACUGUCGCUGCACAGACAACUGGAAGGGAAAGACAUGUAAUUCCCGUGACAAUCAAUGUGAUCUCAGCACAUGUGCUAAUGGAGGGACAUGCUAUGAUCAUGGAGACUCAUUCCACUGUGUGUGUCCUCUUGGUUGGGGUGGCAGUACCUGUAACACAGCAAUAAACAGUUCAUGUGAAUCCGGGCCAUGCCUGAAUGGUGGAACCUGUGUUGGAGGGGGCAGCGGCUUCACCUGCAGUUGUAAGGAUGGGUGGGAAGGGCCCACCUGUGCUCAGAAUGUUGAUGACUGCAACCCUCAUCCCUGUUAUAAUGGAGGAUCGUGUGUGGACGGGGCGAACUGGUUCCGCUGUGAAUGUGCUCCUGGAUUUGCUGGGCCUGACUGUCGUAUCAAUGUAGAUGAGUGUCAGUCCAAUCCUUGUUCGUAUGGAGCCACAUGCUCCGAUGAGAUUAAUGGAUAUCGCUGUCUGUGCCCAGUGGGACGUGCUGGACCACGCUGCCAAGAGUUCAUUGGUGUUGGGAAGGCAUGCGAUCACUCCGGGUUGCAGGUCCCUCAUGGUGACCGAUGGGAGGACGGGUGCAACAGUUGUCAUUGUAUGAAUGGAAACAUCAGGUGCACUAAAGUGCGUUGUGGUGGUCAGACCUGCCUGUUGCAGUCAGGCUUUGGACAGCCACAGCAUCCCCUGUGUCCAGAAGGGCAGAAGUGUGUAGAGCAUAUUUUCCUGUCUUGUCUUCGUCCACCCUGCCAUCAGCUGGGGAUAUGCUCCACCCCUGAACGUCUGCAACCAAUCAGCACUCAGUGCUUACCCAACAAUGCCUACCUAGACGAAAACUGUGCUCGUGUCAUGCUUGUAUUUGACUCUGAUAGUGUUCCGCAGGGGACAACUCCUGAAGGUGUCUGCGCAGAGAUAACGUAUCUGCCAAUCACACGAGUCCUGGCCAAAGACCACACCCUUUCUAUUCUUUGUGACCAAUCACCUUCCAGCCAAAAUGCAGUGGAGGUUGCAAUGUCAUAUGAGCAAAGCACUUUCAUUGAGGCACGUGCUGAGAUACAGGACGUGGUCCGAUCAAUCAUAGACGUUCUGUCUAAACGUCACAACAGCACACUACUGUUGGCUGUUAGAGAGGUCAGGGUGGACACUCAGGACCCUCAUCCUCCAGCUGGUUACCUGGUGCCGGUUCUUUGCGUGCUGUUUGUGGUGUUGUGGAUCUCCUGUGUCGUCGUUUGCGUGUGGUGGUUCUGGAGACGGCGGAAAGUGAGACAAAGAGAUGACGUUCCCAUAGAGGAGAGCAUCAACAACCAGCGUGGGACACUUCUGAAUGUCUGUACACCGCACAAAGACAACACAGAGACGCCUCAGGAAAACAAAAACCUUAUUUACCCUCUGGAUCGGGUCGGAGACGGAGCUGAGCAUGAGGAUGAGGAGGGAGAAGGGGAUGAAGAAACAGAAACAGGGCUGGUUAUGCAUAAAGGCUCGUCUCUGGCGUACAGUAAAGGAGAUGUAGUGUACACUAUUCACCCUUCAGCCCAAAACCAGCCACACAGGACACAGUGUAUUAGAAAAGACAACCGCUGUAAGAACAAUGUGAACGAGCACACGAGUGAUCACACGAAAGAUCAUAACGUAUGAAACAACCGGACGACUGGAACUUUCUACAAAAAAUUUUUUGUAUGAUCAAAAAGCAGUUUUUCUUUCUUUUUGUCAUUGCGUUGUCCAAUGAAACAGGAAUUUAUGUGCGUAAAAUGCAAAUCAGACAUUUGGAGAACGGUUUCAAAAUCAUUUUCUUUUGUUUACACUUGCACUCACUUCUGCUCCAAAGGACGGACUUUAACACGCAGCUGAACUUUGAGAUUAUGUUUGUGAACUGUGGCGAGACCUUUGACCCUAAGGAGGAAUCAACGAUAGGCAGCUUUGAAUUUUUUUUAUGUCCAGACCUGCCCCAAGUCAAGUUUUAGGAGCAAUCAUCUCUUCCAGAAGUAAAUUCCAGAAGUGCCUCAUCGGACCUUUAGAAUAGCUCUUAAACUUGGCAUAGGCAUUUUAUUUUCAUAUUUUUCACGUAUUUUUUGCAGUAAUACUUAACAAAUAUGUUGGUUCUUUCUUUAUGCUAGCAAAUUCUGUUCACACUUCCAAAUGUUAAGAGAAAAGGUUUACUUAAAAAACUUUUUUUUUUUUUGGUGGAAAUUGGUACUCGAAUACUGAAACAGUAAACGAGUAUUUUGACUGAAAUUAUUGUUCAGUUUUUGAGGUGAGUAUGGAGCUUUCGCGUAAAUGCUUCUGACAGGCAUAUAAAAAGUUUCUAUUCUGAUGUCUUAUAGACUAUCAAAGUUUGCUUUGGAGAGAAACCCAGUUUUGGGGUUUUUGGUAAUCCAGUUGGGAAAAUUAUUUUAUAUCUUGAAUCACGGAGAGAGACAAUUCAUUAUAAUGCAAGACAGUUAUGCGUAUGUAUAUAUGUAAAUAGAAAGACAUAGCUGUGUAUAUUUGAGUUUAGUAAGUUAUGUGACACCUUUUUCAUCAGUCAUUCUUAAUUUUUUUCUUUUUUUGCCUCUCCCAGACUCCUUCUCUCUUUUCUCUGUGUCAUUCCUUUUAUUUAUGUCGGACAGAAAAGUUAUAUAUAUGUAUAUAUAUAUAUAUAUAUGGUUAUAUAAAGGUAUGUGAAAGGGCCGCAGCCUGUGGGGACUCUUUAUAAGAGAUAUUAUAAACAUACAUGUAAGAUGCUCUGUCGUCAUUUUAGAAAUGUUUAUCUGUGACUUUCCUAAUGAAUGUUGACUAGGGAGGAGACACUGACCAUGCUGAAAGAAAGAAAAAAUGGUGUUUCAGGAUAAAAAAACUUCUGAAGCUUAACAUCAUAGGAGGGACACUUGAAAAAAAACUUUAUUCUCUAAAUAUUAUGCAUGUCUGAGUGGCACUUUAUCUCAUUGGAAAAGUCCAACACCUGCAUAUUCAAGCCAAUGUCAGUCAUGACAUGUGUUUAUAUUAGUGUCCCAGACUGUCUGAUUUUUAGGCCUGAUGUUGGAAUACUUUGGAAGAUUUUUAUUCUUAAUGUGUGACAUUAUUGUUUUGUAUUAUUCUGGUUCUGGUUAAACAGAACCAGAAAUGGACCAGAACCUCUAAAUAAGAUUGACCCAAAAAUGUUUGCACAUAAUUGCAAACUAACCAGCAAGUAUUGUGUUGAAUAUUAGGCUUUAUUGUGCAUUUAUAUAUAAAAUGGUACUAUAUUACUAUAAUGCCAUUUUUAGAAAGAACACUAUAGAACCAAUAAAGCUAAACUUACAGUAGAACCCCCCCUUUUUUUUAGAUGGCAGGGUAUAUUUUUUUCUUUUAUUAUUUAUGUGUGAGUUAUGGGUUCAGUUGAAUGCAUUUGUUUCAAAGGUUUUGGAAGAUCUGGAGAAUAAUGUCAGCGCAUGUUGCUUAGGCUGAAUGAAGGGAACAAUUUCAAUUUUUCUUUUUUGUCAUUUGUUUCAUUCGGUGUCUGCAGUACAAACAUUACAGGAAAAUAAGAUGAAAACAGGAAUAUUGAAAAUGCAAAAUGUGAUGGCAAGAUUGAUGGCACUCCUUAUUUAAUGCAGUUAUUUCCAAAUAUGUUAUUAGAACAAUAAAAGGAAUUGUUAACACUCCACUUGCAUAUAAAGAACAAAGAACACACAGAAAGUCCGUCGCAUUACUGUCUGUGAUUAGUUUUACAUGCACUGAUGGUGAUACUGAAUCUUACUUUUCAUUUGUUGUACCUGGACCUGAUUUUCCCCCAACAAUCCAAGUAUUUAUUAAAGAUUUUUGUAUCUA